UCAAAGUUUGCUCCUUGAUGAAUAGCAUAAAUGUAUGGCAGAGAUCAACGAUAAUUAUUUCUGAAUGCGUCCAUGAAAGUUGUGGACACGGGUAACAUAGAGUGCAGCACAAAUACUUCCAUUUCCUCUGCCAGUGGCUUCCAAUCAUGCCUCCCAAAAAAGAUUCAAAAGGAUCUUCUUCUAAGCAGCCACAGAAGACUCAGAAAAAGAAAGAAGGAGGUUCUGGAGGAAAAGCUAAAAAGAAGAAGUGGUCAAAAGGAAAAGUUCGUGACAAGUUGAACAAUCAGGUACUUUUUGAUAAAGCAACAUAUGAGAAAUUACUGAAGGAAGUUCCGAUAUGGAAGCUGAUCACACCAUCUGUGGUCAGUGAGAGACUGAAAGUUCGAGGCUCAUUGGCAAGGAAAGCCCUUGAUGAACUUCUGCAGAAAGGCUUGAUCAAACAGGUGAUCAAACACCAUGCACAAGUGAUAUACACCAGGACAAUCAAGGGUGAUGACCAACCUGCAUAGUGUUAUGUUAAAAUUGCCUUUUUUCAAAUAUAUUAUAUUGUACAAUUAAAAUGAAGAAUAAAUUGUAAAAAAUCCACUUGA